AUGAUGAUGCUGACUAAACGAUUAUCUUCAUCCUCUUCGUACACCGAUGAAAAUAAUCGUGAAAGAUAUUCAAAACGAUUUUGUUCUGGAAAUACACCAACACCAUCAACAAUAACAAUAUUAGAAAAUAUGAAAGAACAUGAACAAGAACAAAAAUCAAAAAAUCGACCAUUAUCAAAUUCUACACCAAUCAAAAUUGAACCAACAGCAACAAAACAAGAACCACUUUCUUUCAACAAUGCUGCUACUACUGCAAUAUCUUCAUCGCUAAUUAACGGUAGCAACAACUCGGGUAUUGAUGACAAAAUCUCAUUAGCAGCAUCUUUAACAACUGAUUUGACAACGAAAUCAAAGCAAUCCUUAUUAACAAAAAAACAUUUAGAAUUGAGACAAAUACAAAAAGAAUUACAAUAUCAUGAAGCAAUGCUAACGCUCAUGCAAAAAUUAAAAACAAAUCAAAAGGUCGUUAACGGUGAACAUAUUCACCUUCAAAAACGAACAACAAAUAGUAAUACGCCUCCAUCGUCGUUGAAUUCGCAACAUGUGAAACGUCCAAUUACUAAUAACACCAGUUCAAAUUCAAUUACUAAGCAGUCUACAUCACAACAACAACAACAACUACAACACACGAAGCCGUUUUCAUCAACUCAGCCAUCCACAACAAAACCAAAUAAUGAACAAUCAUUCAGUAAACAACUAGGUCCCAGCAAACUACCACCACCACCACAACAACAGCCACAUAAUCGUCCUUCUGUGCAACCACCGAGCAAGUCUCCGCAUCCAAAUCAGUACACAGUGAACCGUUCAAAUCAUCAACAAAAAUCUUCUUCUUCAAUGCCACAACAAGCAACUCGCAUCUCAUCAACGAUGCCGUCACAAGUGUCAAAUAAUACUUCUCAAGGGUUUUCAAAAAAUUCUUUAGUAUCAAAUCAAAAAAAAAUAAGACAAGUUAACAGUGCGCUUAUUAAGAAUCAGAUUGACAAUGAAUGUUGUUAUUUACCCAUAGGUUCGACUUCAGCUGAGCAACAUUUGUUAAAUGCAAAACUAGCAUUGCGAAAACAACUAGAACAAACAUUAUUACAAAUUCCUACACCAAAACCAUCAACGAGUGAUUUAAGCUUCAUUCCUGGAAUCAAUGGUUGGUCGGAGUUUCUUGCUAUGAUCGGUGUUGAACAAGCACUUCAGUCGUAUAAUGAUAGUCUAUUUCGUCGUCCAUUACUGCAACAAUCGUUGUCCGGAGAUAGUUUAACAACAACAAAAACUUCUUCACCAUUUAUGUGUUCUCAGUGUAAUACAGAUUGGUCCGUAACGUGGCAUACAGAUGAGCGUAAUCAGCAAGACGACGAUACGAUGAAUAAUAAUGUAUUAUGUGACCGCUGUAUGAAAACAAAUCAGAAGAAAUUAUUGAAGCAAGAUCAUUCGAAUCGUUUGCGGCAAGCGUUUAUCAAAGCUUUACAGCAAGAAAAAGAUCUUGAAGCUAAAUUUCAAAAUACGACAACUACCUUGUUAUCAUCAUCAUCAUCAUCAUCAUCUUCGGUUUCAAAUACAUCGACAACUCUGCCUACAGCACAAUUGUCAGAUCAUAAACAUAACAAUCAUCUAUCGAAACCAUCAUCAGCGAAACAACAGCAACAUUCUACAAAAACUAAUCAACAUCAUAGUUUUUUAAGUACAAAAUCAAAUACACCAUCGUCUACAUCACAAUUAAAAGCAUCGUCGUCAUCCUCAAGUCUACGAAAUAAUGCAUCUUCGCCAUCGACUUAUUCUUUAACACAAGCAACAAAAUUAUCGUCAUCCGCCGCUUCAGCUGCUACAACAGCUGCACUAGCAGCGGCUCUGAAUACGACGAAUGUUUCUGCUGAACAAUUAAAAAUGUUUCAAAAACAUUUUUUAUCGAACAUGCUACCGUUUGCUGGUGGAAACAUAUCACCAUCGACUUUAGCUCAGAUACCUGGUUUAGCAUCGAUGAGACAAAAUCCCGCACUGACUAAUUAUCUUUUAGAUAUGUAA